AUGUAUGGGCGGGAGGCUGUGUUCCCCUCAGAGGUGCCUGUAGAUUAUCCUCAGGUGGGGGACCAUGACUGUCACCCCCUGCAGGACACUCUGCUCUGGAGAGCAGCUUCAAUUCACCAGGACACUGCCAAAUGUGACAGCUACACACCAAUGGAACUUGAGAGUGAGAAGGCGCUUGACAUACAAACAGAACAGAGCAAUGAGGGUAUGCCCCAUUGGGCAGUCUUUAUUCAAAGUUCCAACCCAAAGUACAACAAAGGAAAGCAAACAGCAAAGCCAACACUUGAGGCUGACCAGGACAGAAAGCCAACGCACUGGCCUUCAGGAUCUGUGAACUCUUCGCGUAUCCUGAGCACAUCACAUGCAGGAAUGACCUGGCUCCCAGUCGUCCCGAGCACCAGCUAA